AUGUCACCUUGUUCAACGAUUAUUCUCCUCUACUCCAUUGCAGCAGCAGUGAACGCUCAGGCGAAUGGACCACCACCGAACUUUCCGUUCAACUUUGGCAACUUCAACCCGUUUUCAAAUGCGUUCCAGGGAGGUGUGUUCAGCCCGGAUUGGGGUACAAAUCUAGCCAAUCAAAUCAAGGAGUCCACUAAAAAUGCUGGGAAAUACGGUGGGAUCACCACAAUCAACGGAGUCACCACCAUUACUCAGGUGAUCGGCGGCCGCACGUAUACGGCCCGGUUGCCUGCUGGCAGCUCCGUGUCCACACAAAGCUCAACCACUUACAAUAGCAGAGGACAACUGGUGGAGACAGUUGUGGUUAUUGUAGGCGGAGAUGUCUCCAUAUAUACAACUGUAGGAGGACGAACUACUGUUACUGACAGUAGAGGAAAUAUUCGUACCGAUGGAGGUCCGUUCGGGAUCAAUUUUCAAGAGGGGUCCGGUUAUGGUCCAGGGAACCGCGGAGUAAGCGUAAGAACCUUCAGCGAUCCCCCUUCAGAAGACGGCUACAACUGA